UUGGCUGUGUCUUCCCUUGAUGAGCUCUUUAGCAUAAAGAGAUCUAGAGUGUUGACAGUGAUGACAUCAUCAGCUUCCUGUCUGACACCUGAGUCACCUGAGCAGUAGUAGUGGCAUAAGGAAGCAAUAACUGGGUCAUCACGUUCUCCAGGCAGUGCUAGAGACAGGCUAACUGUACAGACUUCACUACCUGUGAUCUACCCGCGGCAUUGACGACACCACAAAGCACGGCACUUAUCACGGCACAGCGGUCGUUGUAAUAUUGUGACCUGGUUUUAACUUGCACUUAUCAGCUGUGCCGCAUAGCCAUACGACUAGUGGGCAAAUAUUUGUCUGCCUUGGAUUAGACUGUCGGUUAGAGCACUUUGUACCCAGGCCGGGCUCUCCAGGCUGUCAGCCUCCAUUGCUCCCUCUAAUUACUGCUGUGAUUUCACUGGUCCUGAAAAGGACACUUUUUACUGGAGCUCAGUUUUUAGGAUAUGUUCUGUGUCUAGAUUACUAGGAAUAAGUUGGUUUACUUCUUCAACAUGUCGCUGUGGUGUGGACCGUUCAGAUCUAAGAAGGCAAAGAAGAAGCGUGAUGAAGAGCUCCCUCCUCCGCCCCCGGAGCUGAUGCAAAACAAAUCUUCACCAACUAAAGAGCAAAAACCCCCAGCAGCUGUUAUUACCACGACAACCACCACCACCACAACAGUUACCCCGGCAACAGUCAAGCAGCCAUCACCGCCAUUACAGAGGCAACCGGUGCCAGAGUCACCACCUCCACCUUCACCACCAGAGCCACAGGCAGCAGAGUUGGAGGCAUCAGAGACCCAACAUAUGAAUGGAGAUGGCAUAGAGUGGGAAUAUGAAGAGAUUGCACUGGAGAGGGGAGGAGCAGGACUUGGUUUCAGUAUCGCAGGUGGCACAGAUAACCCACACAUUGAUGACGACCCCGGCAUCUUCAUCACAAAAAUUAUACCAGGGGGCGCUGCUGCAGCAGACGGAAGGUUGAGAAUAAAUGACAUAGUGGUCAAGGUCAACCAGACCAGCGUAUUGGAGGUGCCGCAUGCAGAUGCCGUGGAUGCUCUGAAGAAAGCCGGGAACAGUGUCACUUUGCUGGUAAGGAGACAAAAUAACCCUCCAUUAGAAAAUAUAGUAGAGCUAGAACUGGUCAAAGGGAACAAAGGUCUAGGAUUUAGUAUUGCUGGUGGUCGAGGAAACCAACACAUUCCAGGAGACAAUGGUAUUUUCGUCACAAAAAUUAUUGAAGGUGGAGCAUCACAACAAGAUGGCCGCCUGCAGGUUGGAGAUAGACUAAUUGCAGUGAAUGACGUCAACCUUGAGAAUGUAACGCAUGAGGAUGCCGUAGCUGCAUUAAAAGCCACACAGGAGCGAGUGGUGCUGACAGUUGGCAAACCAACCUAUCUCCAGAACGCAGACUUUACAGACAUGGGUCACUCCCCACAGUCCUCUCCAACACCUGACACAGUCCAAAUCGUUCAGAAGCCUCCCCCUUCACCUAAACACCAGCCGCCGCCUGCCGUCACAGUGACCAGUAACUCCAUGCAGCAGAUGACCAGUACACCCAAACCAACGCCACAAGUAGUGGACGAAGAUAUACCAAGAGAGCCGAGGAAGGUGACCCUAAAGAAAGGAUCGUCUGGCCUGGGUUUCAACAUCGUGGGCGGAGAAGAUGGCGAGGGGAUCUACGUGUCGUUCAUCCUGGCGGGAGGACCUGCAGACCUCAGCGGAGAGCUCAAGAGAGGUGACCAGCUCAUUUCUGUUAAUGGUGUUGACUUGAGGGACGCCACACAUGAGCAGGCAGCAGCCGCACUGAAGCAUGCUGGGGACACAGUGGAAAUUGUCGCACAGUAUAAACCAGAAGAUUAUAACAGAUUUGAGGCCAAAAUUCAUGAAAUUCGGGAGCAGAUGUUGAACACAAGUCAGAGCAGUUUAAAAACUACACAAAAGAGGACGCUCUAUGUCAGGGCCCUCUUUGAUUAUGACCCUUCUAAGGACAGUGGUCUGCCGCGGGAGGGUCUGGAGUUCAGGUAUGGGGACAUUCUCCACGUCACCAAUGCCAGCGAUGACGAGUGGUGGCAGGCCAAGAGGAUCCUGCCAGACGGGAAGGAGGAGGGACUGGGCAUUAUACCCAGCAGGAGAAGAGUUGAGAGGAAAGAGAGAGCCAAGGUGAAGAGGGUGGACUUCAAAGGAAAGGGAGUGGACUCUAAGGCUGUUGGUGGCACAGCAGCAGACAAACAGAAGAAGAAGAAUUUCUCCUUCACCAAGAAGUUCCCAUUCAUGAAGAGCAAAGACAAGAGUGGCACAAGCAUGGAAGAUGUCACUGUGGAUGAACAAGCGGAAAUUCCAAUUCAAAAUACGUUAAGAGAAACGGAGGGUGAUAAUGAUUCCAACAGAGGGGAUGAACCAGUGCUCACCUAUGAACCAGUGAUACAGCAAGAAUUGAAGGUGACACGCCCUAUCAUUUUACUGGGCCCGCUGAAGGACAGAAUUAAUGACGACCUGAUAUCAGAGUACCCGGACAAGUUUGGCAGCUGUGUACCUCACACGACACGUCCGCGCAGAGACUAUGAGGUGGACGGGCGUGACUACCACUUCGUGGACUCUCGAGAGCAGAUGGAGAAGGACAUUCAGGACCACCUGUUCAUUGAAGCUGGGCAGUACAACGAGCAUCUGUACGGCACAAGUGUUGCCUCAGUCAGGGAGGUCGCAGAAAAGGGCAAGCAUUGUAUAUUAGAUGUCAGUGGAAAUGCUAUUAAGAGACUCCAGGUUGCUCAACUCUAUCCUAUAGCCAUCUUUAUUAAACCAAGAAGUGCAGAAUCUAUAAUGGAGUGGAACAAGAGAAUGACAGAAGAGCAGGCCAAGAAAAGUUUUGAAAAAGCAUUGAGAUUAGAACAAGAGUUUGGAGAGUAUUUCACAGCUGUGGUCAGCGGGGACACGCCAGAUGACAUCUAUGCAAAGGUCAAGGAGGUCAUUCGCGACCAGUCGGGGCCCAUGAUUUGGGUGCCAUCGAAAGAAAAGUUAUGAUGCGGAGAUUGGAGUGCGAUGCAUUAGACACUUUUAAAGCCAUUAUGUAGUCAUCAGGAUGGAGGGAAGGAUGAAGGGAAGAA